UUAUGGCGCGUCGGUAUCCAGGAAUUGUUGCAUUAGCGCCGCCCUUCGCGUAGUUGACAAAUUCAGUUUUGUGCCACACGAUGACGCCAUUUCACCGGAGAAGGACAAAACAGACCGCCACGCCUGUAGGCGGACCAGCACAGUCGUAGCCAGUAUCGUCAAACCAGACGUUGGACAACAACAGUGACAGAUCAAGACCGCAUUUCUGUUUGCAACCAGCUAUGGGUGUAGUCUGAGAAGUGGAUACAGUAGCGUACUGCAAUAUACCUCGAAGUUUAAUCCUCAUGAAGGAGCUCCGUCCUGGCUGAGUUUGGGAGAUGGGAGUACUCAACAUUGCAGAACAGCCUCCUCUGGUCCAGGCCAUCUUCAAUCGUAAUGCUGAAGAGGUUAAACUAUUAUUGCACAAAAAGGAGGAUGUCAAUGCACUGGACCAAGAGCGCCGUACGCCACUUCAUGCUGCUGCCUGUGUGGGAGACGUCCAUAUAAUGGACCUCCUCAUUGAAUCAGGUGCCAGUGUGAAUGCUAAAGACCAUGUGUGGUUGACCCCGUUGCACAGGGCAGCUGCUUCCAGGAAUGAAAGGGCAGUGGGUCUGCUGCUGAGGCGUGGAGCAGAGGCAAAUGCACGAGACAAGUUCUGGCAGACACCGCUGCAUGUGGCUGCUGCCAACCGUUCUACACGCUGUGCAGAGGCCCUGCUAACCCAGCAGAGCAACCUGAACAUGGCAGAUCGUACUGGCAGAACUGCCUUGCACCAUGCGGCUCAGAGCGGGUUCCCGGAGAUGGUGAAGCUGCUGCUGAACAAAGGGGCCAACCUGAGUGCCAUUGAUAAGAAGGAGAGACAACCUAUCCAUUAUGCUGCUUACUUGGGGCAUGUGGAGGUUGUGAAGCUGCUGGUGUCCCGCAGUGCAGACAAGAGCUGCAAGGAUAAGCAGGGCUACACACCUCUCCAUGCUGCUGCUGCAAGUGGUCACAUUGAAAUUGUAAAGUACCUACUGAGGAUGGGUGCAGAGAUUGAUGAGCCCAAUGGCUUUGGAAACACUGCACUCCAUGUGGCUUGCUACAUGGGGCAGGAGGCGGUGGCUACCGAGUUGGUGAACCAUGGAGCUAAUGUUAAUCAACCCAACAGGUGUGGCUACACCCCCCUGCACCUGGCUGCCGUCUCCACCAACGGGGCCCCGUGUCUGGGUGCUGGGCAAAAAAUGGAGUUGCUGGUCAAUAAUGGGGCAGAUGUCAACCAGCAGAGCAAAGAAGGGAAGAGCCCCCUGCACAUGGCAGCCAUUCACGGACGCUUCACCCGCUCUCAGAUUCUCAUCCAAAAUGGUGGGGAAAUUGAUUGUGUGGAUAAGUAUGGCAAUACUCCUCUCCAUGUUGCUGCUAAGUACGGCCAUGAACUGCUGAUCAGCACUCUGAUGACCAACGGAGCAGACACGGCCAGACGUGGGAUCCAUGGAAUGUUCCCCUUGCACUUAGCUGUGCUGUACGGGUUUUCAGACUGUUGUCGCAAGCUACUCUCCUCAGGUCAGCUGUAUAGUAUAGUUUCAUCUAUGAGUAAGGAGCACGUACUAUCAGCUGGGUUUGACAUAAACACCCCUGACAACUUUGGGAGGACCUGUCUACACGCUGCUGCCUCUGGAGGAAAUGUUGAAUGUCUGAACUUGCUUUUAAGUAGCGGUACUGACUUGAAUAAGAGGGACAUAAUGGGAAGGACACCGUUGCACUAUGCGGCUGCUAAUGGGAGGUACCAGUGCACUGUGACCCUGGUGAGCGCUGGCGCUGAGGUCAAUGAGCCUGACCAGACAGGCUGUACUCCCCUGCACUACUCUGCUGCCUCCCAAGCUUUUAGCAGAGCUGAUCGCCAUUUUCCUGGGAACCAUCAGAAUGAUGAAGAUGAGGCGAAGGAGUCGUACUUCUGCUUGGAGCAUCUUCUGGACAGUGGUGCUGAUCCAUCGAUGGUCAACUCAAGGGGUUACAGUGCUGUUCACUAUGCAGCAUACCAUGGCAACAAACAGAACCUGGAGCUGCUCUUGGAGAUGUCCUUUAAUGCACUAGGAGACAUAGAAAGCAGCAUUCCAGUCAGUCCACUGCAUCUCGCUGCUGAUAAGGGCCACUGGCAGGCGCUGCGUGUGCUGACAGAGACUGCAGCUUAUGUGGACAUGCAAGACGCUGCAGGCCGUUCUGUGCUCUACUUGGCUGCCCAGAAAGGCUUUGCCCGCUGUGUGGAGGUGCUGUUGGCUCAGGGGGCCUCCUGCCUCCUCAAUGACAACCACCUCAUGUGGACUCCAAUUCAUGUUGCGGCUGCUAAUGGUCACUCAGAUUGCCUGCGCCUGAUGAUUGAUUAUGGAGAAGAGGGGGAUCUCACCAAUGUGGCAGACAAAUACGGCCAGACCCCUCUGAUGCUCGCUGUUCUGGGAGGUCACACUGACUGCGUCCACUUCCUGUUGGAGAAGGGUGCUGUCCCAUUUGCCAAGGACAAGAGGGGGAGUACAGCUUUGCACAGAGGGGCGGCGUUGGGCCAUGAUGACUGUGUGACAGCCCUGCUGGAGCACAAAGCUUCUGCACUGUGUCGGGACGCCCAGGGUAGGACACCGCUGCACUAUGCUGCAUCCAGAGGCCACACAGAGAUCCUGGCCAGUCUGAUGCAGGCCGCCAUGGCAACAGACCCACAAGAUAAACUGCUGGACAACAAACAAUAUACCCCAUUACACUGGGCUGCUUACAAAGGGCAUGAAGACUGUUUGGAGGUUUUACUUGAAUUUAAAACAUUUUUCCAUGAAGAGGGAAACCCUUUCACCCCCCUGCACUGUGCUCUGAUGAAUGGUCACAGCGGUGCUGCAGAGAGGCUGCUGGAGUCUGCUGGGGUCCACAUGAUUAACACCAGAGAUGCCAAAGGAAGGACCCCAUUGCACGCUGCUGCAUUUGCAGAGGAUGUCGCAGGACUUCAGCUGGUGCUUCGCCAUGGGGCAGAGAUCAAUGCAGUGGACAAAAAUGGACGCUCUGCUCUAAUGGUAGCUGCUGAUAAGGGGCACAGUGGCACCGUGGCCAUCCUCCUUCACCGGGCCAAGGCUGACCUGACACUGCUGGAUGAGAACAGGAACACUGCCCUACACCUGGCCUGCAGCAAGGCUCAUGAGAUGUGUGCCCUGCUGAUUGUGGGAGAGAUCCAUAGUCCCACACUCGUCAACGCCACCAACAGUGCUCUGCAAAUGCCCCUCCAUCUUGCAGCACGUAAUGGCCUGGCUACAGUGGUGCAGGCACUGCUGAGUAGAGGAGCCACUGUGCUGGCUGUGGAUGAGGAAGGCCACACCCCAGCUUUGGCCUGUGCUCCCAACAAGGACGUGGCCGACUGCCUGGCUCUGAUCCUCUCUACCAUGAAGCCUUUUCCCCAGCGGGACCCUUCCUCCUGCUCCUGCUCCUCUCCCACUGUCUCCCCCUCCCCGGGUCUCAACUUGCUGAAGCACUGCGGCAUCACGGCUGCCUGCGCCCCCCUGCCCAGCAAUGGCCUCCACAACGGCUACGUCAAAGAUCGUCAUGGUGCACCGGUUGGCCUGGACGGGUGUCUGUCUGAGUGAGGUCCCGCGCCCUGCUCAGUCAGCUGCUAAUCACCAUCAUUAUCACCAAGGGACGGCUCCCUUUAACAUGGCCCAGAGGACCAGGAGAGCACCCACCCACAUGUCUGUUCUCUGUGUAUGUAUGUUUGUGUGCGUCUGUGUAUGCGUGAGUGUUUGGUCUUCUCUUGAGGUGCAGUCAAACCUAAUAUGCAAUUAGAUCCCAUUCCUCCAUCUCCUAGUAGUGCUUAACAUGUAGAGGUGGAUUGCUCUACAAGGUCACUCAGAUGAAGUGUGGCAUUCAAAACAAACGCUAGCAAUCUGGCCAUCUCGAAAUCAUUUAACCCUUUAAAACCAUGUUGACAUAAUUAUAUAACCAACAUCUAAGAGCAUGAAAAUCUCUGUAUCCUAGUGUUUCUACUCAUAUUGUCCAAUAGAAACGUCAUAUCAUUGGUAAUCAGUUGUGGUGACCUUGUAGAGGAACAUACAGCCUUCCCAAAAGAAUAAUCAGUUAUUUUUUUUUAUUAUUGUUAUUUUCUUUCUUGUUUUUGUUUUUAAUUAUCCAUUAGCCUAAAUUUUUAUGAAGGAACCACACAAGGGAAAAUCUGACGUUUGCUUAAGAGUGCAAUGCUUGUGUACUACAGUACAAUCCGAAAUUUGGACAAGGGUCACAAAGAUGUUAAUUCCAUAGUGUACUUUAAUUGUACAGCCUAGAGUUGUUUGGCAUUUUAAGAGAAUCUGGUAGUGCUGCUGAAAGCGUUGGCAUGCCUCCUUCCAAAGGAGGGCUAUGUGCGGGGUCGGCGUUGUAACAUCGGUCUGUUCUUAACGCUGGCCUCAUUUUUAAAAGAUGCUAAAUAAGUGUUUGUUAAGCUAGAAUGUUUCUAAGCAUAUAAGUUAUGACCAAAGUUGAUCAACACUACUAUGGCUAUAAAUUAUUUAUUUGAGAUGAACUGUACUGUAUAGAGAAAGACAAUAGAUCUUGAUAUACCUCGUCAACUCGUUUAGCAGCUGCUUCAUCUUCACCCAGGGUCCAUAGGCCUAACGUUCUCUUUUUGUAGGACUAGAGAACUACUGUAGGAUAGUGACUGACUGAGGCCUUGUUUAUUUCUAGAUGAAGGCUUUACUAGUAAUAUCUGCCAACAACACCUCAUCGAAGCAUCAUAUAUCUGAGCACAUAAAUGAACAAGCCAUUUCAAUUUAUUUCCCAUCCCUUUUACAGUGUUUGUUUUGUUUUGGGGUUUUUUUUUUUGGAAAGGAAUUAGCAGGCCGCUUUUGUUGUUUAGGCAUUAAAGACAUAUUCGUUUUUAUUGUUUCUGAAGUUGACCCGGCCAUCAGCAUUGUGGUUUUUCACAAGCUCGCACUAAAAGUAGUAUUUCUUGGAGCUGGAGAACUAGUCUUAAACAUCUAAUAGCUUAUAUCUCAACUUCUCAGUGGUCAGCUCUGAUCAGUUAUAGCUGAAAGGUAAGAGUAUUGUCUGCUGUUUUUUUUAUUGGGCAGUUUUCAAGCAAUAUUUUCUUUUGGCCUUUUCAUUUAAUGUUAUUGAAUAGACAAUCACUGUCACAAGGGCUUUUUGUUUCCCUGGAAUGUGUUUUUUGAUUUCUCUAUUUUUUAGUUUUUAUUAUCUCAUGAAAAAUAACCUAAAGACUAAACGAAUGGCUCUGUUUGUGCCGGGCAUUUUACUGUCAGUGUCAAGACAAAUGCACUGGAUUGCCUUUAUGGCAUCUCAUGAAAUGCCUUUUGACCCAUGCCUUCCGUAACACACCGUUUCAGUUGGAUUGUGUAAUGGCAGAGUAUGACUAGCCCUGAGACUGAGUUAUCAUUCCAUCUAUAUGAUAGCAACAACAUGGAACCACAAUUGCACCAUAGUACCGAGUGGAAAAACAUUGCCUGACAUAUCUUUGUGUCCCGGCUUCAUCAGUGGCCAUGGAGUUGAUAACCCUUAGAGAAGCAAAUAGGGCUGAGAGGAACAGGAGAGGGAUCUUUGCUUAGGCCAAUACCCACUGUUUAGACUUCAGGAAUAGCAGAUAUCCAAAUAUGUGCUUUUUUUGUUUGUUUGUUUGGGUUUUUUUUUUUUGUAUAUUUUGUUGUCUCCUCAUCCCAUUUCUGGUACUAAGCAUACUAAAGAUGAUUGUAUUGGACCACUAGAGCUGUUUGUGACUUUUAGAUGUUAUAUCUAUGCUAUUUUGUCAUUUUGUUUGUUCAAACCAUCUGCUGGUGGUUAGAUUACACUGAGUCAGAUUGUUUUCAUUGGUGUGAGAACUUCACUGGUAAUGAAGUGGCACAAUUGCACACAUUAGUUGACUGGAUGAGAGAUGAGGACCUAGACUAGGCUUUGCUUUCAGUACCCCUGCAACAAAAAGUCUGUCACUUCCCUGUUUUUUACUCGACUUGCUAAAACUGACAUUAAGUCCAUUUCAAAGCAGCGAUUUCUCAGCGUCAUAGAUUCAUACUUGGCAUUUCACUUGACCUCAAUAAGUGGCUGAAAUGAAAUGGAGCUAAUUGGUGACCCCAGCCUCUGUUCUUUUGAUCAACUGAUAAUUUUCAGGACAGCUGUACUACUAACAAUUAUUGUUAUUGAUAUUAGGGAUAGGUACAUAAUUUUUUGUAAUCUCAGGAUCUGUACUGAAGCAGCAGACAAUUUAAUCAGAUCUCAGCAGGAUGAUUAUGUCUACAUUUUUUGAUGAGAUGUUCCAUAAUUGAAUUCCUUUUUAACCCUACUCCCACAGCACUUAAUUAGAUAGACAAGCACGCACUUUAGUACAUUCAGGUUCUAAGUGUGUAAAAUAGAGCAGAUGUAAUGUAUGUUCUUAUGUUUACAUGCAUGUGUGUUGCUGCCUAAUACAGGAAGGUAGGGUUGCAAAACAUAAGCAAAGGCUGCAACAAAAUUGUACUCUUAACAAUGCAUUAUUUUAAAAAAGUGUCUCUAAGCACUUCGGGACAGUGUCCACUGCCCACUGACUUUUUUUUUUUCUUUUUGUGUGUGUGUUACUGUUUCUGGGCAACCAGCCCAACAAUGUGACAAGGUUACAGUACCCAGCCUGUUGUUAAUACUACAGACUCUGGCCCAAGUCGCUUAAAGUCAGCCCAGUGAUUCAGCAGACACCUCAGGCAGGCUCCUCAGACGCUCUGUAUACUCUCUCUGCCAUCUGCAGGUGCUGUCAGACCAGUCUAUUCAGGCAGGGAUCCUUCUCUCUUAUGAUGUCUUUAUCUGACCAGUAAAUGGAGCCCCAUGCAACUAUUCAAGUUGUAACUGAAUCCUUUUGUUGUACAACAGUAUUCUUAUACAUGCUUUGUUUUCUUUUUUUUGUUGCUGUUGUUUUUAAUUUGUAUCAGUGAUUGUACAUGGAGCUACAUCACAAUUUUGAUAUAGUUAACAAACAAAUGGAGCAUAUACAGUAUAUCUGGAGUCAGAAAGCAAUGAAAGGUCCAACUGUAGCAAUAGUGAGUGUGUGUAAUAGUGUGCAGCACAAGUAUUGCACUGCCAUCCAUUUAGGCCAAUUCAGUAAAUCAUAGCAUAAAUGCCAAUGGAAGAUUAAAAUGCAGGUUAAAUGUUAUAAUCUUUGGUCACAAAUAAGGCCUGUUUGCCAAAAUGUGUCAAGAGGGGAAAACCUCUUAGUAAAGCAGCAAUGGAUUUAUGCAUAUGUUUACAGUCUGACCAUCAAAUCUGAGCCAUGAAUUUUCUCACUGAAAUGAAUGUCGAGUCAGUUUAGACCAGGACAAGUUGCUUUCUCCUGACUUUAAACUGUUGCUCUUCAUUUGUCAAGAGUAAAUAUGAUUAUACAGGUAGCAUGUAAUAACCUUAUUCUCUGCAUAUUAUACAGUAUGUGUAGUAGUCUUCCUGCAUUAAGGGUCUGGAUAGGUCGCUUUUCUUUUGGCAUUAUUGUUGGAGUAUAGGCCUGCUGUUGUGUAAUAUCACUCUUCUCUAGACAUGCAUAUUUGUGCAGAGUGUAGCCUACAAGGUAAACAGAGGACGAGAUCAGAUGAACUCCGUUGAGAAUGCCUUACCGUACAGUAAAACAAGAGGGAUGAAAAGGUCUACAGUAGAUAUGAUCACACAUACUCAUAAAUAGCCUAUAUUUGACAAAAAUGCACCUAAGCUACACCCAUUUAGUGCCAUAGAAACCUUUAUUUGCCUUUAGAUAUAAAUCAUAUUUACUUGGUCAGUAACAUAUUCAGAAGUAGGCAGGAUUAUUACAGUUUUCUGUUUGGAGCUGCACGUCUUUUUGCCAAUGAUAAUAGUCAAAGAAAAACUAAAUAUUUGCAUGGGAUAUUAGUAUUUAAAUGCAAGUGUUCUGUUAAAUUUGGUGUUGGUAGAAGUCUUUUAUAAUUGGACAUUUUUGGAGAGUAUAGUUGGUACCUUUGGUAUUGGCAAAGCAGUCCCUAGGUUGUGUGUUUCUUAAACAGAAUGGUUUAUAAUACAUGUGUUAACAGGAAAAAAAAAGAUUUUGAUGUCCAAAAAAAAACAAAAAAAAAACAAGCAGCAUGGUAUAUACAGUAUAGAAUUGAUUUGCCUCAAUGGAUGUCUCAAUUCCUACUUGAAGUAAAUGGCAAAUUUCAAUUCAGCUCUGAUCCACUGUUGAGCCUUUUGCCUUAAAAGCUGAAAAAUGGAAACGACGCCUGGCAGUACCUGAUGGGUUCCAUCACCUGUAGAGUUACGCUGUGUGGUUGUGAUGUUGCAGACGCAUGGGUGUCGAGAAGCACACAAAUCAGUUGAGGUAGCACAUAGCUCAAGGUUGCCAUGGUGGAGAGAUUGUUAGGAUAUUGCCAUAUUUGCCACUGUGAAUGAAAUGAUUCAGAAUUCACUUUUAAACAAUCAACUUUGGCUUCUCUGUUAUCUAGGGCCAAAUGACACUGGGGAUGAAGGUAGUGUACCUCAAAAAUAUUCAGAUGGAAUGGAAAUUCUUACACAAAAUGCUUGUACAGCUAUGCUAACAAAGAGUAAAAAACAAAAAGAAAAAAAAAACAACUUGUGAUCCAUUUUGUUGUGGGUAGUGUAAUUCUGCUUAAACCAGCCUAAAUCAGAGAUGCAUCUAUGUGGAAGUGUUAGAUUAGUGUUGGCAGAUGUCUUGUUUUCCACCUUACAAAGGAGCAGCCAGCUGCACCUUGUACUUUUUAUUGGACCUGCAUUUUUACCUCAUCGGUGAUUCUUUGCGUGACAGGGCUUACAUUGAUCCUCUGUGAUUUUGUUCCCCUUGUUUUCCCGGCGCCAGUCUUGUAGUUCGCUCUCUCUCUACAGUGUGUGUGACUUUUCAAAAUAUGCAUGUCAAAAUCGAAACAUGCACAAGGUCCUUUUGUUUUUGUCCACAAACGCAUAGUUACAUUGUAGAUCAUGUUUCCCUUCAUUACAAUCAACAGAUCAGUCUGUUAUCUGGUGCAAGUCGAAUGGGGUGAAGGGUACAGUCUAAUUUAAGUGUGUGUGACAUGAAGGUAGCUAUUAACCUUUACCUCUGUAAGUCAAAACAGUACCAUUUUAUUGUAUGACUAAUGCUAGUUUGACCGCCUUCCCUGCCUGAACACUUGGUUUUUUUAUCCCUCCCCCCACCAAGAGGACCUGUGUAAUAUGGAGCACAGUGGUGGCAUGGUGCCUUUUAUUUGUACUACCGAAAAGUACGGUCUUCCAUUUGUAUUUCCCAGAAGCCUUAUAAUGGGAAAAAGAAAUUACACUGAACAUAUACAACUACAGCGGAUAGGCUCUCUCUCACCUCUGAGCACGAUUAGUUCAACCCUAUGUGAUCUGGGUUAUUAAAAAAAAAAAGCCUAAAUAACUCUUGUACUAUUCUGGAUUUCAUGAUGCAUUACCAGUGGCUGAGCACUCCCUUUGGGCGGCAGAGUAAAUUGCACAUGACUGAUGCGAUUUUGGGCACAUCAAAUAUUGAAUGCAUGGGGAACAACAGUACGAAAGCACAAAUCCAAAGAAGGCACCUCGGGGCUUAGUGGGCUCCCAGCACUAAGGAGUGAAGGAGCCUAGAAACCAAAUUUAGGCAAAGAUAUGAGGAAAACCAUCCGAGUCCUCCUCCGAGCACAGAAAACAUAGUUUGAUUGUCAGUAACACACUAACUGUAGAAAGGACUGAUUCUUGUUCUCAACUCUCUGGUGUUGGACGAUUAGUAACUUCACAAUACAAACCAAGUCGUGGAACGAUGCUGUACCUGUGUUCGAGAUCAAGUUUAGACAGACUGUUUGUUGUGACUGUGUUGCAAAUUAAUUGUGAAGAUUGUUUUGUGUUGCCUAGAGUGAACUGAGUAAAAGUAGGAUCGCAGUAGUAGCUGUGUGCAGUGUUAAUAACAGUGUGAUCAUACUAUAGAAGUGAUGUAACAUUUGUUGUCUUACUACAACAUUAAGGCAUGAAUCUUCUCUAAAGCUGACCUCGGUUGAAAUAGACAAAGUAUACAAGUGCAAUAACCUUUUGUUUAUCUUUGCUUCCUCAGUUGAAUAAGAUAUUAUUUAAUAUGCCCUUUUUGUUAACACCAAAAGUCACAUGUCUGUAGCAAAUGAAGAAUUUCAAGUUGUCCUCUUUGUUUUCAGAGAGGUGGCAUUUGAUAGUGGACUGUGUGGUAUUUCAUUCUUAAAACUGUGAUCAAAAUCCAACUUUAAACGCUGCCUGCUCAGAGAAAAGAACCGUGCACAAGUUUGACCGAUCAAUUUGAGUAGGUGCUGUUUUUCUUCUUUUUAUGGAUGGACUUUGAUGGUAUUGUAGUUUGGCCUUCUGGUUUCUAGCCGGUAGACACGUUCAUUUGCAUGUGUAGAUGUGUAUAUGCAUCCUCUUCUUCCUUGAAUGAAAUGUUUUCUCAAAAAUAUUUAGACCUGCUGUCAGUGAUGUAUGCGGUUAAAAGGAAAUAUGAAAUGCCUUAUUUGUUUUCAAUGUUAAGCAUUAAAGGGUUGUUAUGUGUCCCUCCCCUUCUCAGCGUGUAGCCUAAAGCUUGUACAGUUAAACUCCAGAGAUUUAUAUCUACUGUAUAGCCUAUGUGUUUUCAGAAUUUGUUACUUGGAGGUCCUGUGAUUGUGGUUUUAGAGAAACAUUCCCCUUGAAAGUGCCGUUUGUUUUCACCAGCAGAGGAUGUGUCUUGGGGGGUGAGGGGUGACGUAUUUACACAAAGGAAAACAAAUGUUCAAGAAAACAGGCAGCAGUCUUCUGAUGGAGCAUCUUAUAGACGUGCCUGCUAAGGAAGUUGUCUCCCACGAGGCUUUAUUAUUCUAAAGCAGAGCCAUAUCAGAGAACUAGCCCCAUUGGAGCCCCCUUGAAUGUGCUAUUAGGAGUUACCCUACUGUAGGAAAGGGUGUGUAUUGCAUGUUUUGUGUCAUUAGAAAUGGUAUUCCCUUUUUGCUUUUUAUGCUUGGUCUGCUUAAGUGUAUAUGUUGCCACCUCAUUGCAGCUCACAAGUUAACAAUCCUCUCACAACUGGACUUAAAGCAGACAUCAAUCUGCUGCUGAGGCAGCCUUAAUUCAUUGCAAAUCUAAGUGAUGAUAGGUAAUGGGUCGAUUGUUUUACUGUGAGUGGCUUACUAUGGGAAAUACAACAGAGCUCUUGUCAUGGGUAGGACUGAAUCAGGGCAUGUGAUGAGUUACAAUCAAAUAGUUUCACAGUGCACCUUCACUAAAAAAAAAGUAAAUAAAACCUUAAAAAAAAAAAAAAAAAA